AUGCUUCAUCGAAGAAGUUCUGAGGUUCCCCCUGAUAGAUCUCCGUACCGAUCACCCAUCAGGAGGCCUUCAAGUAAAGCAAAUGAUAAGAGUGAUAGAAUUUCACAACAUGGUAUUACCAUUCCACAGAUUGAAAUAACAAGAGACAGCAGCACUGAACGAGGCAAUUCGUUUGACGAUGACGAAGCCAGUUUACUAAAACGUAAAGCCUCAACUGAAGACAAAGGCAAGGUUAUCAGUCGCAAAAAGUCCGACCUGGUUGGUGCAGACAAUUAUCGGACGCCAAACAAUAGCAUGGUGUCCCAGCAAGAUAUGCCUGUCGAUAACUAUCCGGGUAACCCCUCUGAGCCUUGGCGGACUAUGAUAACUCCAGACAGGGUGUCUGCUUCUCCUGGUUCGGCCAAAGUGAGGCCCCACAUUGUAGGCACGGAUUCCGAGGCGUUUUAUGACAAUGAGGAUAAUCUGCAACAUGGGAUCCGGGUAGUGAAUCCUAAUCCAAUGCGUCUUUUUGUGGCUUUGUUUGAUUAUGAUCCUGCAGUUAUGUCUCCAAAUGCAGAUGGAUCUGAUGCUGAACUUCCAUUCCGUGAAGGACAAGUUAUAAAGAUAUUUGGUGAAUGCGAUUCUGAUGGUUUUUAUAAAGGAGAGUGCAAUGGUAAAGUUGGUUAUGUCCCUUGUAAUAUGGUCACAGAAGUUAAAGUCGAUGACCCUGAUGUGGUACAACAGCUGCUGAAAGAGUCUAGUAGCACCUCCAGUGGAGAUAGUAGUAGUACUCCUGCCAAAGAGAACUUUCCCUCCAACUCAAUGUAUAUGAGUUCUGGCCUGCCUGUUGCCUCUGACCAGCUUGGUCCCGGGAAACGCAUGGUUGCUCUCUAUGACUAUGAUCCCCAGGAGCUUUCACCUAAUGUUGACGCUGAAGUAGAGCUCGCAUUCAAAAUGGGUGACCUGAUCAUUAUCUAUGGUGACAUGGACGAUGAUGGAUUUUUCAUUGGUGAGGUCAAAGGCAAAAAAGGGCUGGUACCUUCUAAUUUCAUUCGUGAAGCUCAAACGCCCGACGAGGAAAUUGAAAGGGCCAGCGUGACGCAAAGCCAGUCGAGGGACUCUAUCCCGUCACCCAAUAUUGAUGAAGAAGUCAGUCGGGUGUCUGGCAUGGGUACCAAGUCUCUAUCUGAAUGCAAACUUGACAGUGAUGGCCGCCCUGCUUCAGCCUCCCAGUCGGACGAUGAUCGCAAACCCAAACGCAAAGGGGGUACAUUUCUCUUUGUCCAUUCCUGUUCCAGUCUCUUCCCCCUUUGCCCGCUUGUAUUUCAGUCUAUUCUCCUCUUUGCCCGCUUGAAUCCCAGUCUUUUCUCCCUUUCCCGCUUGUAUCGCAGUCUCUUCCCCCUUUGCCUGGUUGUAUCACAGUCUCUUUGCCCUUUGCCCACUUGUAUCCCAGGCUCUCCCCCUUUGCCCACUUCUUUCCCCCUUUGCCCACUUCUUUCCCAGGCUCUUCCCCCUUUGCCCACUUGCCUUCAGUUCCAGACUGCCCAUUUAUCUCCCUUUGCCCAUUGCUAUUCUACUUCAUCUCUCUUUUCCCACUCUGAUGCCAGUCCAUCUCUCUUUUUCCACUCCUAUUCCAGUCUCUUCCCCCUUUGCCUGCUUGAAUCCCAGUUUCUUCCCACCUCUUCCCCCUUUGCCCACUUGUAUCCCAGUCUCUUCCCCUUGCCCACUUGUAUCCCAGUCUCUUCCCCCUUUGCCCACUUGUGUCCCAGGCUCUCCCCCUUUGCCCACUUCUUUUCCAGGCUCUUCCCCCUUUGCCCGCUUGUAUCCCAGUCUUUUCGCCCUUUACCCACUUAUAUCCCAGUCUCUUCCCUGCUUUACUCGCUUGUAUCCCAGUCUCUUCCCCUUGCCCACUUGUAUCCCAGUCUCUUCCCCCUCUCCCUUUUUACUCGCUUGUACCCCAGUCACUUCGCCCUUUACCCGCUUAUAUCCCAGUCUCUUCCCCCUUUGCCCACUUGUAUCCCAGGCUCUUCCCCCUUUGCCCACUUGUAUCCCAGGCUCUCCCCCUUUGCCCAUUUGAAUCCCAGUCUCUUCCCCUUUUACCCACUCGUAUUUCAACCAUCCCCUCCCCACUCUUAUAACAGUCUGUUGAAGUAA